AUGCGUGAGCGUGUCACGUUUAUCCACAACGACUAUACCCUUGAUCCUGAGCAGCUGGACAACCAAGAAGCUGGAUUGCUUGGGCCUAAAAUCGAGUCAGUCCGUCAGGAUAAACUCACUAUCCCCUUGGACGAGUUGCCUAGUGAGCUCACCGACAUACUCCAAGAGUAUGAGGCUCUUCAUAUCAGAUGGGCUAGCCCUGUCAAAUCCGAGGCACUCGACCCUUUCACUUCACGAAUUUCGCCCGGGCUUCAUGUCUACGUGACUCCGGAAUCCCCAAACUCAUGUAACCCAACAAAACUUUGCGGCUGGCUCCAGAGGUUUGGGCCACUAGCCUGUUCAAAGCCAGAGGCUUUCACUGAGUUUAAGCAACCAGCUACCUCCACAGCCCCGAGCUUCUCAUUUCAUCAAACACUGGAAGAUCUACACUCCUUCAUUACUAUCAGCUCUCAGGAGUUCUGUCCUGAACUGGACACUGUUUGUAAUGCCCGACUACGAAGCUUGUUGACCGCGACCAGCUUGGACUUAACCUUUGAUAAGUCUGCAAGGGCUCUUGUCGCUUCUGCGCUAUGGCCUCUUCGACCCCAAACCGUUGCUGUUCCUGCAUCAACCGAAAGAAGGGUUGAAGUUGGCAUUUUCGUCAACGACCGCUCGCAACCAAACAUGAAGGAGAACGAGCUUGGUGUCGCUGGCGUUCUAUCCGUACUUGGCGACAAGAAAAAGCCCUCGCCGACCAUCUUCACUUUCCCAGCCCGACACCGUCGAGAUGAAUCUGUAUUUACAUCUAGAUUCCUCACCCCCACAGGCCUUCACCCAACCCUUCAGCUCAGCUUCAGCUCUAACAAGCCUCCAAGCGCUGAGGGCGAGUGUACGCCAUACGCAUUCUUGACAUUACCCAAGGUCAUAUUUGCGGAUCGUUAUCAACUAGGAGACGAUCUGUUCCUGGCCUCCAAGAACUUGACAGCUUUGCGAUACACAACUCUGCCCGUGGACUUGGAAGCGCCAGCAUAUACCACUGAGACAUGGGGAUCCAGUAUUCUGCUUGAGCUCGCGCCACCUCCCUCUGGAGAAAGGCAGCCGUGGAAUGUUGAAAUCCCUCUCCACCUGCGAUACCUUAAGCCUUCAGUGACUGACCAAGUCGAAGCCGAUAUUCCCUAUCCUGCUGUCUUCUGGGCAUGCUCCUCAGGGGAGGAGACGCUGGAGAACCCAUUUGAUCGUCUCCAUAUUGGCUAUGACAAUCUUUUCCCUCGAGACACUGCCUUCUGGCACGUGACCCCUCAACCAGAGGGCGAGAGCAGACUUAUGCACCGUGUCACUGUCCCUGUCCUUAAGCUUGAGGGCAUAGAUACUAUCAGGACAGGCACGGCAAUCGCAGUUUCGCUAGGUUUCGCCUGGGUACUGUGGAAGCUGGUCGGUGUUAUGCUAAAGUCAGAAAAACCAGUGCUCAAGAAGACCGCCCUAAAGAGGUCUAAACAAGCCAAGAAAGCUUGA